AUGGCGGCCUCCCUUCGCCCUAUUAUCACAAUAUGUGGCACAACUGGCGUUGGCAAGUCGAAAUUGGCGGUCGAAUUGGCUCUUCAUAUAAAUCGGAUGAGCCAGAAAUUUGGCUGGCGAGGAGCUAAAGUCAUCAAUGCAGACGCUAUGCAAGUGUACGAAGGGCUCGAUAUUAUCACAAAUAAGGUUCCCGAAUCCGAGAGACAUGGAGUCGCACACAUGAUGAUGGGUUUCAAGCAACCUGGUGAGCAGUAUGUGGUGGGUGAAUGGGUGCAAGAUACUCUGAACCUGAUAGAUGAACUGCACAACAGUCAUCAACUCCCAAUAGUUGUUGGAGGGACGUCUUACUGGAUCCAACACCUAAUAUUUCCCAAUCGCCUUGUCCCAAAGGAAAUCGUCGAAUCCUCUUCAUCAGGUACGGAAAUUACGUGGCCAGAGCCUCUUGUCAAAGCUUUUGCGACCCUCCCACCGGAACUGUCAUCGCUACUGCAGAACCUACCAGAGGAUCCGCCUUCAGCCAAGAUGAACCCAGAUGAUGCCUUUCAGCUUCAUGCCCUAUUGGCAAUCCUUGACCCUGUUAUGUCCCAGAGGUGGCACUGGAAAGACACGCGAAAAGUUCUCCGGAGUCUUGAAAUACUCAAGGAAACUCGUAAGCGACCAAGUGAUGUCGUUUUUGAACAGUCGUCUGCUAUCCAAGAGAGCCAACCGAGGUUUCGGACACUGUCGUUUUGGCUUUAUGCGGAGCCGUCAGUCCUGGGGCUGCGGCUUGAUGCUCGAGUGGACAACAUGAUAUCGCAAGGGCUUCUCGACGAAGUAAAAUCUCUUCGAGACCUGGCCGCUAAUGGUUUGCUCAUAACUUCAACUUCCGGAGCAUCAAGCAAAAUCAUCGAUUACACUAUUGGGAUAUAUCAAUCUAUCGGCUACAAGGAGUUCUGUAAAUACCUUGAAGAUCCGUCCGAUGCAGCAUUUAGAGAGGCGACAGAACGUAUGAAAAUAUCGACUCGACAAUACGCGAAGCGGCAAAUCUCUUGGAUUCGGAACAAAUUGAUUCCAGCUGCCGAGUGGGCAAAUGUUGACGGAGUGGUGGUUCCUUUCUAUCUCUUGGACGCUACCACGUUGGGAGAAGACUGGGUACGGAAUGUGCAGAACCCCGCCUUCGACGUGACGGAAGGAUUUAUUGCAGAGAGCAAUAUGCCAGAUCCCAAAACGUUGUCAGAAGCAGCAUACAAGAUGUUGACUGUGACCAAGAAGAACGUUAGGCUCGUACCAUUUGCCAUCACUCUUCACUCUUGUAUCUCAUAA